UGUGUUUAUUUAUUUAUUUAGCCAAAACUUAAACUUAAGAUAGUUCUGUACCGUGUAAAUUAUUCUAUAUAUCGAUGAAGAUUGUAAUUGAUCUUAUAACUACAACAUAACGGAACCUUGGUUGUUGCUGAACAAUGUGAAAAGUGAAAGUUUUACGUGGACCUGCAACUGGCACUUUUUCGUUAAAUUUUCCAUAAUUUUGCUCUAAAAAUGGGUAAAACUAGCAAAGUAGUUAUUUGCGGGAUGAAAGGUGUCGGUAAAACUGCUGUUCUCGAGCAGUUAAUAUACGGAAAUGUGAAUUUAAAAACUUAUUUCUAUCCGACUAUCGAAGAUAUUUACGUAGCGAAUAUCGAGACGGACCGCGGUACGAAGGAGCGAGUGUGUUUCUACGACACUGCGGGCCUCGAACCACCGAUUACAGGCGAGUUUAAAGGACCACCCCAAUCCCCAACCCUCCAGCUGACAGCCAACCAGGUGCUGCAACGGCACUAUCUCGGCUUCGCAGAGGGCUAUGUCAUGGUGUAUGACACCAACCGUCCCGAGUCGCUUGAUGUGCUCAUGUACCUGAAGAAGGACAUUGAUAGAAAUAAGGAUAAAAAAGAGGUAGUAAUGCUAGUAAUAGGCAACCGCACAGGCCCCGACGACCCCAACAGCCUGGAGAACACCUGCUCCAAGGCUGCCAACUGGUGCUCCCGCGAGAAACUCCGCCAUUUUGAGGUAAACUCCAUGGACCGCCCGUCUCUCUACGAACCCUUCAUAUUCCUAACCUCAAAACUGAACCCGGUACAGAACAAAACAGCAUUCCCUCAGUUGAGUACGCUGAGUAAAUUGACUCAGAAGAAUAAUAGGAGCGAUGCUAUGUAACAUUAUAUUUUUAAUCUAUGCCCUUUUUGCUAUCAGCCUUAGGCUGUUAAGGGUUUUCUCAAUCCUAUCGACUCGGAAUCUGCUCUAGCCAAAAAUCGCUCGUUAGCACAGAAUUUACAAUAGUACAAGUACAGAAGGCUCACUCCUUUGAUAUUCACAAAAUGCCGCCAUUCUAUUUAAAUACUUACUACAUUAGCAAACGGACCGCACGCGAGCAGCCGCCAUUGAAUUCUAUUGCGCCGCGCAAAGGUCGUCACAAUAGGGAUUGCAUUCUGUUUAGUCCAUCAGUUAGAUUGUCCAAUAAUACUGAACACAUAUUUUUCACCUUUUCUAAUUAAUGAAAAAAUACAAAGGCUUGUGACGUCA